GGAGGCCGUGGGUUGGAAGACGGGCACGGCGCCGGCAGUGCGCGUGCGCAGGGCUGGCGCUUUUGACAGCCAGUCCGCGUGCGUGGGGCCGGCGCGUUAACAGCCAGUGCGCGCGGCCGCUUGGAGUCAAACACAAGAGACAACAAAACGCUGUCAGAAACAGUGCGCGUCACACACGGGGUCGCCAGCGAUUCAUUUCAGCGAACAGACCUGGGAGAGAAGGAAGGCCACGGUGGAAAAAACAUGGACUGAAAAAGGGAAAAGCCGACGGCGUCCUUACACGACACGAAUCCAAUCGUUUAAGACAGCUGUUUGUCUCCAACCACCCUGCCCCCAACCGAGGGAAAAGUACAUUUUUUCCACACACUCUCUUCCCCCCCCCCCCCACCUCCUCCACCCCACCUUCUGCAGAAUCAAAAUGGAAAUUCUUGCUUGACAAGCGGGAGAACGCCGAAGAAGCCACAAUGCGGUGAAGCUGAAAGUUGCGCUGAUAUUUUAACCUGAUCUAUUAGUGAGAGGGUUCUCGGUCAACCCAGGGAUUGUGUGCGUGAAGAUGAUGCACAAGCAGCUGCAGAGGGAUGAGGUUUACCGUUGGUUCGGUGAGUUGAAUUCCUCUCAGAGAGUGGAUUUCAUUUGCGGGCUACUCGAUCUCUGCAUCCCCUUGGAGCUUCGCUUUUUGGGCUCCUGCCUAGAGGACUUGGCCAAGAAAGACUAUCAUUCUCUCAGGGACUCGGAGAUCAAAGCGAACAACGUGGCUGACCUGGCCAGUUUGACGAACAUGACCGACGAAGUGGUCCGUAGCAAACUGAUCGUCUCUUUGGCCUUGCUGUGUUCCGACAACAGGGAGGCGUCCGGGGUCCUGUACCGCACCCUUACCCACAUCGAUUCCAUCAUCAACAACUAUGGCCUUCAGCUUCACGACAGGACUGGCGACGAAUUCCUGCUCCUGUUUACUAUGGCCUCCAACCACCCUUCCUUUACCUUCCACCAGAAACAGGUUCUGAGACGGGAGUUGCUAGAGAUCCAGAGGAUUAUCGAUAGUACUUCUAACACAAGGACGGGUCCCGUCACGGCGACAACACCAGUUACAACUACAGCCAAUUGGGACACUAGUUCGGCUGAAUGCAAGGUAAUGCACAAAGUGGAAAGUGGCAUACACUGUUUGGAGAAUGCAUUACAGACAUCAGCGCAUUCCGGUGAUGAAUCCUCCCAAAAACGGCCUUCAGGCAAGCAUUCAAGAAUAAACAUUGAGAGGAUAAAUGUAAGAGGAUUACAGCACAAGAAGAAUGAGAAGACUGCUGAAUAUUACUUUGAGGUCCUGUGGUCAGAUUCUUCAGUGACUUUCAUAACCAAGACCUAUCGGGAGCUGAGAGAAUUUCUUUCAAAGCUUCCUCAAAUGUUCCCAGAUGAAAAUUUGGAAAACUCAUUUCCAGAAACCACCAACCAUGACUGUUGUUAUACAGAAGAGAAAAAGUAUUCAGAUCUGGAGCCAUAUCUCAGAUAUUUGAUAUCUCUACCAUCUCGUAUGUUAAAAAAUGAAAACAUACAGAAGUUCUUCUGCACUGCCACACCCAAUUAUUCAACUCAACACUUGAAUGCCAACUCCAUACCAGUGAUGUUACAUAAAGCUAACACAAGCACUGGUGCGCCUGUAAGGCCAAUAUGUGGUGUAGCCAGCAUCCAGUGUUCCUAUAACACAAUGCAGCCAUCAAUCCCUGCUUCUUCAUGUUCCCAUUCAGUUAGUGGAAGCUCUGCAUCAGUCACUUGGCCACAGACUGAUCCACAGAAUCCAGAACAAAUUGGUAUCCUUGACUGGCUGAAGAAGUUACGUCUGCACAAGUACUAUCCUGUUUUUAAACAGCUCACAAUGGAUAAGUUCCUUAGUCUUACUGAAGAAGAUUUGAACAAGUUUGAAACACUCACAUUAGGAGCGAAGAAAAAGCUGAAGAUGCAGCUAGAGCUUGAAAAGGAGAAGUCUGAGAAAAGAAAUAUCAACAUGGGUCAGUCACCUGUUUCCAGUGCUGGUAUUGCACGGGUCACGCCAACAAGUCAUUUUGGUCCCAUUCACUCGAUCCGCUGUAUUCCUAAUGCAGAACUCAGAGUGGAGGUAGAACAGCACAAUCGCAUGGGAACUAAAGAUAGUGGAUCUUCCUCUGAAUAUUCCAGUUCACCGUCAAGUCCAGUAGGAAUCCAGGGAAGGGAGGAGAGUUCAGACAGUGCAGACGAAAAUGACCGACAUUCAGAGAAUACAUUGGAUGUUCAAAUAAAAGAGAAACCAGCAAUGUUAUCAACUCACCCGAGCAACCUAAGUACUGGCUCAUGGAGACCCACAGCACAAGUUUCUCCAGUGCAAAAUGAAACUGGAUUGGCUCACCCUAGCCAUGUAUCUUCUGCCAUUUCCACUGUACAAUUCAUGCCAGUGAUCUCUUCAAACAUCGCCCCCAGCCGAAUGCUAAAUUCAGUACGGAAAUCAGAAAGAGGCAGUUUUGAUAUAAAGCCUAUUACUGGCAUUUCUUCUCCAAUCCAUUCAAGCUCAUCUGUUGAUCUUGGAAGCAAACUUCAUGAAGGGCCUGCCAGUAGCAUCAAAGUAGAGAAAAAGUUUGCCUCUCUUGGAGCCAUGGUUGUGGAUGUAAUGCCAACAUCUCCACUUCAGGCUUCCCAAAUAUCCACUACUGUUGUGGAAAACAGUGGGAUUCCUUCUAAAGUUGUAAAUUUCGGAAUUAGAACAAAAGUUGGACCUCCUUCCAUGGACAGUACACCUAAAACAACUCCAUUAACAUUACCAAAAGUGGACAGCAGUCCUUCCACUACUGCAACAUCUAACCCUGCGUAUAACCUUCCUCACACUCCAAUGAAACUUCUCGUCUCCUCCUCUAUUCCUACGGAACCUAUGCUGGUGGGACAAACAGCGUAUAAUAGUGUUGUACAAGUUAAAAGUGUCUCACCUGCUGUAAUAAGUGCAAGGACAGUUCCGUAUUCAGCCAACACCAAAGUUGCCUUUUCAACAAUGCAGUGUUCACCUGUAACUUCCAUCUCUGGCGCUUUCUGUGCAAAUAAUAACAAUGCACCUGCCAAUAGUCAUUCUUCUGUGUCCUUCACAAACAUUGUGAGUGUGCCAAAUUGUCCUAUCCCUAGCUCCAGCCCAACCAUCUCUUCUGUAGCUGAAAACAGUUAUAUUAACAGCAAUAAUGGUAGUGGUGGCUCAGGAAUGAAUAUCCCUAUGCAGCAGCAGCAGCAACAAACUGGGUGUAAUGUGUGCAGUUCAUGUGGCUGCAGUGGAAACUGUGGUUCAAAUCCUGUGACAAUUAACUAUGCCAAUUACUUCCAAAGCCCAUUUUCAGGGCAUUCAGUGUUAACUUUUCCAAUUUUCCCAUUCAAUCCAUUAUGUAAUAGUGGUUAUAUCAGCACCCAAUACAAUAAUGGUACUGCCUUUCCCUAUCCAGUUGUUCCACCCCCUGCUUACAAUACUGGUUUGACUCCUGAUUCCAUCUUAAGUGGGCAAUCAAACUUUGUCAUGCCUCCCAUGCAAAAUUUCCUGGGUGGUACAACUGCAGUAUAUCAGACACAAAACAUGCUAGGAAGCACAAAUGGACCAGGACAUAAAAAGAAUGGGCAUAUUUCAUGCUACAACUGUGGGGCUAAUGGACACCGAGCUCAGGAUUGCAAGCAGCCAGCUAUGGAUUCCAAUCAGCAAGGUACUUUUAGACUGAAGUACGCCCCUCCGUCUGAACGCAUGGACUCAGCAGAUUAGCAUUUGGAAAUAUGCAUUAGCAUGUAUCACAAUGUGCCAUUGAGUAAACCAAUAGCAGGUACAAAGAAAGUUGCAAAGAUGUUUCAUGGAUAUCUUGACCUGCUAAAUUAAUUUCCUGCUGUUUUUAUCCAAAGGUGCUUUUUUAAAAAAAAAGUUCUUAUACGGGAAUAGAAACUACACUACGCAUGCACUAGCUGUAAAUAUAACUCUACGUGAGUUUCGAGAUGUAUUGGCUAAAACCAGAAUCAUUAGCUAAAAUUGUGCAAUGAUAUUGCACGAAGAAAAUGAAAUGUAUCCAGAACCAUUAUAUAACUGUGGAUAUUCCUACAAACUAGAACAAAACAGCAGAACUGUUUUCCUUUUGAUAGCCUAUUAUUGUACAGCUUUACAAGAGUGGAGAAAAGGGGGAAACCUCCUGAGGGAAGAACAAGAAACUUUAUAAAAUAAUUUGCUGUUACAUUUACAAUGCAAUAUUGAUGGAGCACAGCAGAGUUGACCAAAGCGCAUUCAUUUGAUCACCAAGUUAGUGAAGACAUUUGGAAAACAAUGCUGAAAGAACAAAAAGACUCUUCCAUCUCUGAGAAGAUGCAUUGAGCCUAGAUUUGGCUGUGUGCGAAAGCUUGUAUCUGUUUUUGUAAGGUUCUUCAACUUGUAUAUUUUUAAGAAAGAGACUUUACAUGUAAAAAGACGUAAACAAAUAUUUUUUUUGUAAAGUUAGUGUGUUUUUUGUAGAAAUAUUGUCAAGUUCUCCUGAAUCAAUUUGUCAUGUUUACAAGUAUUGUGUGUACGUGUGUGUAUACAGAAGAACCUUUACACGUGUCCAUAUUUAAGGAGAACAUUGAAUAUGUCUGUAUUUAAGAUGAACAUUGAAUUAGUCCUGCAAUCUGUAACUUGGAUGAACUUGCAUUUCACACUAAGCAAAGUCAGUUUACCCUUCAGUGUGAAAAGGAAGCCUGUUGUUUUCUGUCAACAUGUGGAACAUGAAAAUUGAUGUUCACUUAUCAUCCAUAAGAAAGAAAUCUUGGUUUACUAAAGUAAAAGUUGGAAGAAUUUUACUUCAAUCACUAAGAAAUCCAUUUAUUUUGUGCUUUUUCAGCCCCAGAUUUGUAAAUACAUAUCCAUAACUGUUAGAUAUGAAGCUGUUACUAAUAGCUCAUCAUCUUGUCUCUAUGCAAAGUGAAAGCUGAAAGUUUUACACAGAACUCCACAUAGAUGCAGUAUUAUUUCCAUGUGUUUGUAUUUUGAGAAUAGUCAGUUGAAAUGUUUGCUGCAACAAAUUAGUAUUUUUACUUAACUAUUGAACUUGGAGAAUUGGCAUUUUGAACUAAUUUUUUUGUUACCUGUAGUUUUAUUGAACAGUAUGAGAGGAACAUGUUUCAAUAUGGAGAUGAAGUGACAGGAUCUAAUAUGCACCAUUACUACUUGCCUUAAUUAACUUCAAAUUAAAGCCAGUUUUCCAAAUAAAUUUUAUUACAUUAUUAUGGGAUUGCAUCCCAAGGUAUAAAGGUUAUAACAAAAAUCUUCUAGGUAGCUUUUUGUGGUGUAGUCCAUACUUCUGCUGGAGAUGAAAAGAAUAUUGUUUAAAAGUUAAUGCAGAGGAAUUGGCUUUGAAAUAAAUAUGUGGUGUGCUCAUCCAUAGCAAUGCAAGUGUUGGGUAAAUAAAAAGUUGUUUUUAUUUUGGUAAUUCCUGCACUUUCAAUGCUUUGUAAACCCUGUUUGAAUAUUCUACAGAAGCCCUGUGUAAUUUCUACACUGUGGCCCUUCAUGUAUGGUGACUGCUACAUAUCUCUGAGCACAAAUGGCAGCUCUUACCAAUCAUAUACAAGCUAUACUUAACAAUGUACAGGAAUUAAUAUGGAAUAUUGUGCUAUUAGACUUUAUAUCUGAUGUCAGCAUCAUUUCACAAGAUAACAUUGGCUUCAAAAUAAUUUGAGUUUCAAAAAGAUUGUGAUUUGGGGUUCAGAUAUUUCAAUCUUUUCCUUGCUGUUCAUAAUCCAGUCCUCCCACAGUUAUUUCUAGGACCAAAGUUAUACAUCUUUCAAGGGCUUUCAUGUAUUCUGUUGUUCAAAACCUGACUUUGAGCUUUUUUUUAAAGGAAAAAAUCGAAGAUCCUUAAUGCCCCCUCCACCCCACUAUUACAUUGACUUAAAACAUGAAUUGCCCCAUCAUCAUCCUGUCAUAGCAUCAGUGGAGCAGAAAUUUAUAGGACUGUUUUAUAAUUCUGGUGAAUAUGGUUGGGCUUCAAAAUUUAAAUAAAAGUAAGUUUGAUUAAAGUAAAUGUUGGCCAUUUGGCUUUCAAUACACAGGUGGCUUUCAAUACACAGGCAAGUUAAUGUUUCACAACCACCAGUUACACAACCAAAAGCAGAUAUGAUCAUAUGCAGCAAUCUGUGUAUGUGUCAUGAAAAUGUUUGUCCAAAUCAUGUGACUUUCUGAAAUUUGUUUGAAACUCAGAAAUUUGCUGUUCUUGCUGUCUCUCCCCAGUAAUUUCUCCUUUGUGUUUGGAAAUGUCCAGUGUGAGAACAAAUGUUUCCAUGCAGACUUCACACACCAAUUAGUAUUUUAAUUGGUUAUCUGUUGUUUAUUCAGGCUAGCGUUUUAAAAGAAGGAUAUUAAAAUAUUGACUGGAAAUAGAUUUGUGUUAUUAAUAAACUCAUAAUGAAUGAUAAGUGAAUAAAAUUUUACCAAUGUAGUACAGAUAUGCAAAAUAGACAGAAAUGUAACUGGCAUAAAACAUUGCAACUGCCGCAACACUUGAGGAUAUGUUUUUUGAAAAUUUACAUUUGACGUGAGUGCAUUAUGGCCAGGUAGUUGGGUUGAAUUGUCAAAAAAAAACGCCAUCUCCCUUAUAUAUAUUCACAUGAUCUUUCAGUGCAAAAUGUUCUGCUUACAGCUUAAUAUCAACAUUUCUUGUUAUAUUAAAGAAUAAAUGUAGAGAAAUGAA